AUGAAGAGGCGUCCUAAUUCACUGAACAUCCCCCUCACCGAUGAUAUGGUACGUGGGCAGGUGGGGGCCAAGAUUGCCCCCGCAGUGGACCACUGGCACCUGAGUGACCUCAGUCAGCUGCAAUCCAACUCCGUCUACAAGUGUCCACCUGAUGAAAUGUCGGAAUCUGGACAGUCCUCUGCAGCCGCCACGCCCAGCACCACAGGAACAAAAUCGAAUACCCCCACAUCCUCGGUGCCCUCGGCUGCUGUGACGCCCCUGAAUGAGAGCCUUCAGUCGAUGAACGACUACGUCACCUCCAAAAACAACAAACGGUCACGGGAGAAACGCAACAGCCGAAAUAUGGAAGUUCAAGUGGUCCAGGAGACAAGGAACGUGAGCAUAGGAAUGGGAAGCAGUGACGAGGGGUCGGAUUUUCAAGAUAUUGACUCUACUCCAGAGUUGGACAUGUGCCAGGAUCCUAGACUGGAGCGCUCAGGGAACAGCCCAACACAAGGGAUAGUGAAUAAAGCCUUUGGCAUCAAUACUGAUUCCCUGUAUACCGAGCUUACUGAAGUCGGCUCAGAGGCCAUUGGAGACGUGGACGAAGGAGCAGAUCUACUAGGGGAAUUUUCAGGAAUGGGCAAAGAAGUGGGGAAUCUCUUGAUGGAGAAUACGCAGCUGCUAGAAACCAAAAAUGCUUUGAAUAUUGUGAAGAAUGACUUAAUUGCAAAAGUGGACCAGCUUACAGGAGAACAGGAGGUGUUGAAAGGAGAGCUGGAAGCAGUGAAGCAGGCGAAAUCCAAAAUGGAAGCCCGUGUCAAGGAACUAGAGGAAGAGCUUAAAAAAGUGAAAUCGGAGGUGAUAGUUGCCCGCCGAGAACCCAAAGAAGAGUUGGAGGAUGUAAGCAGCUAUCUCUGUACAGAAUUGUCCUCCUCCUCCCCCCUGCAGGACAACAUCCCUAUUGCUCAGAGACGGCGCUUCACCCGUGUGGAGAUGGCUCGUGUUCUCAUGGAGCGCAACCAGUACAAGGAAAGGUUGAUGGAGCUGCAGGAGGCUGUCAGGUGGACAGAGAUGAUCAGAGCCUCCCGGGAACAUCCUUCCGUUCAGGAGAAGAAAAAAUCCACCAUUUGGCAAUUCUUCAGCCGAUUGUUCAGUUCUUCCUCCAGCCCUCCACCAGCGAAAAGGAGCUACCCAUCAGUGAAUAUCCACUACAAAUCUCCCACAGCAGCUGGGUUAAGCCAGCGUCGCAGUCAUACCUUGUGUCAAAUCUCUGCCGGGAACCGAACUCUUGAGUUUUUCCCAGACGAUGAUUGCACAUCAACGGCACGCCGUGAGCAGAAGCGAGAGCAAUACCGUCAAGUCCGCGAACACGUCCGGAAUGAUGAUGGCCGCUUACAGGCCUGCGGGUGGAGCCUGCCAGCCAAAUACAAACAGUUGAGUCCCAAUGGUGGCCAAGAAGAUAAUCGGAUGAAAAAUGUCCCUGUGCCCGUUUACUGUCGUCCCUUGGUGGAAAAGGACCCUACCAUGAAGUUGUGGUGUGCAGCUGGUGUAAAUUUGACCGGCUGGAAGCCCGGAGUGGAACCAGAUGUUACAAAUGGUCAAAAACCUGAUCCGGGAUGUGAUCCACUUACCUGUGAUCGAGAGGCGGAAGGAGAGAAUACGAAGAGUAAUCACCCAUCUCCAGAAAAGAAAAAGACCAAAGAACUUCAUGAGAUGGAUGCCACAUCCAGUAGAGUCUGGAUCCUCACCAGCACCUUAUCUACUAGCAAAGUGGUCAUCAUUGAUGCCAACCAGCCAGGAACGGUGGUGGAUCAUUUCACAGUGUGCAACGCCCACGUCCUUUGCAUCUCCAGCAUUCCAGCGGCCUGUGAUACUGACUAUCCUCCUGGAGAAAUCUUUCUAGAAAGGGACUUGAAUCCUGAGGAAUCUUCGGGAACAGAUGGAGUCUUAGCAGGCAUCACUUUAGUUGGCUGUGCAACUCGUUGCAAUGUUCCCAACAGCAAUUGCUCCUCCCGUGGCGACACCCCCGUGUUGGAUAAAGGACAAAAUGAAGUGGCUGCCACGAGCAAUGCUAGGAUUGAUCAGUCCCAGUCCACGGAAGAAGCCACCGAAGCCACGGAGGUGCCAGAGAAUGGCGUGAGCGAAAUGGAGCCAGCUCAGGUCCGGACUGGCCCCCUUACAGAACAUGUGUUUACUGACCCAACUCCAGCUCCAGCACCUGCAAGGCAGAACAGUGAGAAUGGACAUCCCAAAAUGGAGUCGAGCACAGCCGUGCCAGAUCAAGAGGCAAAUGGCAAUGCAGUGGGUGCUACCACCAGUGCCGCCCCCACCAUGUGGCUUGGAGCACAGAACGGCUGGUUGUAUGUACACUCAGCAGUGUCAAACUGGAAGAAGUGCCUACAUUCCAUCAAGUUGAAGGAUUCAGUACUAAGUUUGGUACACGUGAAAGGGCGAGUCCUUGUGGCCCUGGCAGAUGGGACCCUUGCCAUUUUCCAUCGGGGAGAAGAUGGUCAGUGGGAUCUCAGCAAUUACCAUCUCAUGGAUCUAGGCCACACCCAUCAUUCCAUUCGCUGCAUGGCUGUGGUAUACGACAGAGUGUGGUGUGGCUACAAGAACAAAAUUCAUGUCAUCCAGCCAAAGACAAUGCAGAUCGAGAAGUCCUUCGAUGCUCAUCCUCGCCGGGAGAGCCAGAUCCGGCAGCUGGCCUGGAUUGGAGAUGGAGUUUGGGUUUCCAUCCGUCUGGACUCCACUUUACGGCUCUAUCAUGCCCACACUCAUCAACAUCUCCAGGAUGUGGAUAUUGAGCCCUAUGUCAGCAAAAUGUUAGGGACUGGAAAACUGGGUUUCUCCUUUGUGCGAAUCACAGCUUUACUCAUCGCUGGCAAUCGCCUGUGGGUCGGCACGGGCAACGGAGUGGUCAUUUCUAUCCCUUUGACUGAGACGGUAGUCCUUCACCGAGGUCAGCUUCUUGGGCUCAGGGCCAACAAGACCUCGCCAACAUCUGGAGAGGGGAACCGCCCUGGAGGGGUCAUCCAUGUCUACGGUGGAGAUGACAGCAAUGACAAGUCCACCAGUAGCUUCAUCCCCUAUUGUUCGAUGGCACAAGCCCAGCUCUGUUUCCAUGGACAUCGCGAUGCGGUCAAGUUCUUUGUCUCCGUCCCUGGAAACGUCCUUGCCACGUUGAAUGGGAGUGUCCUGGACAGUCCUUCAGAGAACCCCAGCACAGAUACCGUCGAGGAGGAAGGACAGAAGCUGAAAAAUGUCCUCGUGCUAAGCGGGGGUGAAGGAUACAUUGACUUCCGGAUUGGAGAUGGAGAAGACGACGAGACCGAAGAAAACACGGGCGAUGUUGCCCAGGUGAAGCCUAUUCUCUCCAAGGCUGAACGAAGCCACAUCAUCGUCUGGCAGGUAUCUUAUAUCCCGGAAUGAGCCUCUCUUCUCUUCCUGCCAAUGUAAUUUUUCUCCCUUCUACUGACACCCACUUCCCGAAUGCCAAUAUGUACAUAUGGAACUUUUGCAUAAUUCCUACCGCUGGCCUGUCCGAUCCCAGAUAACUACAACUGUUCCUGUGCCAUGAAGUGGCUCCCUCCCUCUCCAGGUUUACAGUGAUGGUCUUUGAGCUGGUGGGACUUUCUAGACUGGCUGGGUUACCGCUGCCUUUCCGGCAAGAGGGAAUUUGUGGUUGAAGGUGUUGCAUCAGAAGUCGAGACGCGCAAAGGAAGAUCACCCCUUGGCUCAGAAGGACCGGACAACUUUUCCCUCCUUCUCUUCCUUCCUUCCUUCUUUCCUUCUUUCCUACCUGCAUGGAGAAAAGUACCUAUGAACUGCUUAACUGGCUCACUCCCUUUGCCAACACGGAAAUCGCGACGACCGUUGGAUUGGGUCUCCAAGCCAGUAUGAGCGAGAUGUUUUUUGAGAGCAAGCAACAUCCCUGUUACCUUUCUCCUUCGCAAUUAUUCUGUGAGGUCCGGGCACGAAUUUAGGAGCGAUCUGAACUUGGCUAAAAUGUCUUAAAAUCUGUACCAGGAAGGUUUUCAGGUAUGUUUGGGAAUUAUAGCCACAUGUCAGCAGUUGGCAUUGUAUCUAAAAUAUGGGCUCUGGGCACAGGAUGAGUCCCCAUCGCUAAAUUUAUUUUAAUUGGGCACUGGUGGGUUCACUGUGGUCUAGGCACCACUCUGGUAAACCGUUCUGGGCUCUUGGAAGGAGCAGAAGGAUAGAGUUGCAAUAAAGAUAAUAAGGGUUUACCAGAUGAGCAGGCAGGUUAUCUGAAGGUGGGAUUGCCUUCUUGCUACUCCAUACCUGCCUUAUAGCAAAUGGCAUCCUAAAGGAUGAGAAGGCAAUGUACACAUUUAGGAUCUUGUUUACAGCAAGCCAGAAAAACCUGAACUUCUUCCUCCUUGAAAUAUUGCAGUGUUCCAGAACUGUGUUGGAUGGAUAUUUUGGAGGGUAAAGCCACGUUCAAUGUAUCUGGGGGAACUGCAGGAAUAUAAGUCAGGUUAUCUUAUCUCGAAAAGAGAAAAGUCAGGGUAGGAACUAGGAGAAAUUCAAGCAAACAUGGAAGACAAAUGGGUCAGAGAAUGUAAGAGUGGAAACUAGAAAGAGAUAGGCAAUUGCCCGGGAGAAGGAAGUAGGGAGGAGGGGAAGUGAAGGAUAGCUGGAGGUUCCUUCUUAGACUAGGAGUUGUAGAAGCAGCAACAGAAAUCUGAGAUGGACGAGUCUGAUGAGGUCCAAAAAAGCUGCUAAGGAGAUGAACUUUUAUCUUCUAUAAAGAUACAUUAUUUGGAGGUGUUUCAAAGGUUGAUGAGCUUGGUCAGACCCCAGAACCAUCCCAGAUGGGCUUGGUAUCUCUUCUAGCCUUUCUCAACUGGAUGCCUUCCAGCUGGGUCUAUCAAUGCAAUUCCCCCAGUCAGUUAAGGUCAGCUUCUAGGGUCUUCAUCGACACAUCCUUGUUGGUUUCUUCUUCCCCUUUUCCCAACCACAGUCUGGCCUACAACCCUGGGGUUUGUUGAUGGCCGCCUAUGCCAGUCUGACCUGCUUGGCUUUGGGGGAUCAGCCAUGGUUCGCCAGGUGCUACCACCUACCUAAACAUAUGAGGACUAUGGUUCCCCGAAACUCUUAAAUCAAGGCACUUCUAACUUGGCAAGUUUAAGACUUGUGGACUUC